CACUCGUUACGUCCCUGUGAAAUACGUCGUGCCGACGCGUGCUUCGGCCUGUGCGAGGGCGUAUUAGCAAGAGAGAUGCAAAGGCCGAAUGGUGGAGGGGCAAAGAAGCCGGGGAAGGGGAGCAGAUGUGGAGGGAGUGGAGGGGACACCGUACAAGAAAACGGAACACGACGGAACGGACGAACAUAACAGGUCGAGCGACCGUUCAAGUCUGAGCUAUGCUCUGUACAGCGUUCCACCAAAGUUGCUCCAAAACGAACGGCGUAGACAUUCGGAACAAAUAUCUCGAAUAUUUCCCGGUAUAUCUUUCGAAGUGGAGGACGUUGACAGUGCGCAAGGCGAUGGUGUACAGAUCGGAAGAGGAAGCGACGGAUUCUCCAUUGUAGCGACGGUAGUUUUUGUAACGACGUGUGAGAUAGCAGUCUUGUUCUUGUAAACUGUUAAUGUUAAGUGAAUGGUGACUAGCCUAUCGAGAAUGUGCGUGACGAUAUGACACCACUUGGUGCAAACAAUGUCCCUAUUCUAUAUCACUGAAUCUGAUAAGUGACGUGAUGUUAUUCACAAUUGUCAGGGAAUGACGCUAUUCGCGUAAAAAGCGACCAAUGAUAAUGCCAUUUUACGUCGUGUAGAGUGCCAUAAGAACACGAAGUCAGCGGAUUGGCUGUUUCUUCUCUGACAGGUUACGAUCAUUUAUAAUGUUGCGACAUGAUGACAUUUCAAUCCUCGAUCUGCGCCGUGAUGUUCGGUAUUUUGUAAAAGCAUGUUAACGUAUACACACUGUGUGACAUGAAAACGAGUUUUUAAAGAGUGGAAGAGACGAAGAUUUUAAUCGAAUAAUAGUUUUCACAAUCGGUGUUAAUCCAUGAAAUUAAUUAAACAUCGGCAGAAGCGAGACGCGA